GAAAUGACGACAGGCCUUUGUAACAGGCAUGCGCUGUAAAAUACCGGAAUUUACAGUUUAAAAUGGCUGCUGCAAUGGAUGUGGAUACACCGAGCGGAGCCAAUAACAGCGCUGGAAAGAAGCGGUUUGAGGUGAAGAAGUGGAAUGCGGUUGCCCUGUGGGCCUGGGACAUUGUAGUUGACAACUGUGCGAUCUGCAGGAACCACAUCAUGGACUUGUGUAUUGAAUGUCAAGCUAACCAAGCUUCAGCCACUUCAGAGGAAUGCACUGUCGCAUGGGGAGUGUGCAAUCACGCAUUCCAUUUCCAUUGCAUCUCUCGUUGGUUAAAAACUCGUCAGGUCUGCCCACUUGAUAACAGAGAAUGGGAAUUUCAAAAAUAUGGUCAUUGAGUCGACGGCCUUUUUUCUCAAGACCUAAUUUAUGUUUGCAACCCAGCAGUUCAUGAAAAGAGAAGAACCUGUAAAAAUUAAACCUAGUUUAUUCAUAUACUUACAUUUUUUUAAUAUUUUUUUUCCCCUCGUAUGUCAAGUAUAUCUUCCUUUAUAUUCCAAAUAAACAUGGUAUCCGGUUUA